AAUGCGCCAUCGAGCGUUCUCGUUCCAAAUCGCCCUCGUUCUCGCCCUCCUGCAACCCUUUGGUGCCUCGUACUGUGGUUCAAAUGGCGUGCCGUACAGUUUAGAAAUCCUGUCUGAUGGCUCCCCGGUACUCGGAUGCGCGCAGCCGACUUGUAUGGCCGAGCCGCAGGAGGACGAGGAGGACAGCGUGUUCAUUGCCAAUACAGCUGGACAGGAAGAUGGAUUUUUCCGUGAAGGUGAUAGGCAGAAGAAGAGCUAUACGCAGAGUUAUAAGCCUAAAGCGGAGUGUCCCGGCGAGUUCUCAGACUUUGCAUGCACCAAAAAGAACCAAUGGGUUGGUGGCAUCGACUUCAUCGAUCAUCCUAGACAACCGCUGGUCCUCCAAUGCUGCACAUUCGAAGGGCUUCGCUUCUCGCAGGAUGUCGGUGUCACCACCAUCUCAGCAGGAGAAGCUGUAACUGGUGGAGAAGUAGUCCGUGACAAUCGUCAAAUCUCCUUCGACGUCAUCGCCAACGUGCGGAAGCUUGUGGACCCAGAUGAUCCGAAACGUACCUACUUCGAAGUCACCGUCCGACGUAUGAACUGUCUGCCAGACCCGCCAGAGUUUGAAGUUGCCUACGACGACGAUGUAGAGCCAGAAAUUCAACGGGUGCUCGGAAACGCGACAAAUUCCGCAAUGAACAUGGGACAUGAAAACCAUCCACAUAUGGCACAAGAAAAAAAAGUUUCCAAAAAUAGGCCGUACAAAAGGAAGCCAAAGACCUCAUCGACUAAUAACGUUGUCUCCCCAUUUGUUGAACACCAUGAAGGAGAAAAGAAGAGCCGUGAGCCGUUUAUCGGAAGUUUCGGAGCAACCAUCUUCAACCCAACCGCCGAAAAUAACAAAGAGCAAGAAACGCCUCGAGCUCCACCGAGGCGAGUCCAUCAGCCAUAUACUAGAAGAAUUUUAACACCGAAGCCAAGAAUUGUGCACACAACUACUGUAAUGCCAACUACACACGCACCUCCAGUGCAGGUUCAGGUCGAGCCAGUCACCCAACCAACUCCGCCACCAAACCCCUUCGUCUUUGCCCCACUACCCCCCUUCCCACAGUUCGGACUCCCACAACCAAAUCUCUUCCAAUUCCCUGCUCCACCAGCUCCACCACCAUUCGGCGUACCACAGGCACCUCAACUUGCUCCACUACCCCAACAUCAACAUCAGUUUGGAUUCUUCCAGCCACCACCACAGCCGCAGCCUCAAAUUUUCGGAGGGUACGGGUUGAAUAAUGGAGGCGGCUACCAACAGCCAUCUUAUGGGCUCCAAGGAGUUCAGACUGUACAACAAAAUCAGUUACCUGAAAUGGAUGUCUAUACGAGGUCGUUACUUACCAAUCCAAAUAGUCCAUUUGCCUUGCAAUUGCCGACUUUUGGAGCCGCACCACCGGCUCCGCAGUUUUUCGCGCCGCAGCAACAGAUUCAGGACCAACAGAAGAACCUCCAACGAGUGAACAUCCAAGCCCCCCAACGUGAACAAUCCAACCAGCCCGCCCAACUGAUGCUCCAACCGCAGCCGGAUCCAAACCAAGCUCCAAACCACGAUACCCUUGGAGCCCUGUACAGACCCCCACCAUUCGCAGCUCUUGGCACAACCCUCUAUAACUUCCAAUCUCAUAAUGGAUAGAAGUUAUUGAUUUAUUUUUCUGUUUCAUUUUUUCUAAAAUUUCGAUUGUGAUCUGUUAGGUGUUCAUCUUCUCAUCCUGUUCUGCUCAUCCAAAAAAGUGGUGCUCAUUUGUAAAAAAAGUGUGAAUUAUAAAUUAACUAGUGUGAAUUAGAACAAAUUUUGAUUAUUUUGAAAUAUUUCUUUUUUUUUUUUCAAUUUUUUUUCUUUUUUUUUCAAACCCCAUAAUUAUUUUUUUCAUUUUUUUUCACAAAAUUACUGGUAUUUUUUUCUAUUUAUUGAUCCGAUACAAACAAUAAUUUUUCCCAAUAUUUUAAAUUCAUUUCCGUGCUACUCUCCAUUCUUUUGACAUUGUGCAAAACUCAAGGUUCAGUGUGUAUGUGUGUUGUUUUAUUUAAAUUCGUUUUGAAUAAAGCUUUCGAAUAUUU